AGAACGGGACGACUCAACUCGAUUCUCCCUCAAUCUGGCAAAGACAACUACGUCUCUGCUGAUGAGGAAGCAAUGAAUAUCGUAGGAGUCAUUGAGAAUGUGGCCGUGAAAGUUGGACGAGUGCACGUCCUCGUUAACUCCUUGGUCAUAGAUGCGCACUCAUAUUCGGUGUUGUUGGGACUGCCUUGGGCGAUGGCGAGCAUGGACUUUGACAUUCGUCAUUGGAAGCACGAGAGGCACGGGAAUGCUGACGGGUUGACACGACUGCACCGACCCGAGAAGGUCCCCAAGAGCGAGGAGGUGAUUCCGUGGAACGAGGCGAAGGAUGAGAACGGACCGUGGUACGGGCAAGUGGAAAUUCUGUCGAAGGAAGUGAAGGUGACGUGGACGCGGACCGACGAGCAUCAGGGGUGGAUUGAGUACCUGGAGCUGUUGAUUAUCCAGGCCUGGAGAACUGACGUAGAGGGCGAUCUUCUCGGUUUUCUCUUCGGUUCGGUGCGGCCGGGACAUCGCCAGCUAAUUGCCCAGGAACUCGUCGUCCCGCUCGCGCAACUGGUCGACGACCUCUCUCUUGAUAUCGUUUCGCAAAGUGACGAGAAUCCGGCUCCUCACGUCCUUACGCGGACAUUGGCACCGUAUCUUCAGUGGACUGCGUGUUUGGAGGAACCAGGGAGUGAAAGCGCCCUGCCGUCACAGCAGGAGUACUUGAAACCGUACGGAAUCAUCAAUCUUGCCUUCUAUCCGAAGCAAGAUACGUCCGAGGAGGCGGUUGAAGGAGAAGGACAAGAAGAAGCCACUGAAGAAGAGGGCGACGCCGAAGAAGAAACGUCGGAGGAAGGGAGUCAUAGUGAGCACAGUGAAGGGGAGCAGAGUGUAAAGGAGGAGGAGGAAGAAGACGACCAAGAGAAGGAAGCCGGAUCGGAGUGGGAAGCCUUGUCGGAAGAAGCGGCGCGCACAGGCACAAAGGUGGAAGAUCCCGAGGCGGCACGUAAGAGGGAAAAAAUCGCCGCCGGGAAAAGGCAGCUGGAGUUCGCCAGCGCGGCGAAUCUGCGCAUCAACGACGACCUGACCCGGGAUCCGGAGCCCCCCAAGCCCGAAGAUGGCAACCCUGCGGCCAUGACUCCGAGCGCAUCGCGACGGAGACGGAGCCGAUCCCCCUCCCCCUCCACCUCAGCCCGUCCCCCAGUUCGUCCACAUAUCGAUGCGGGGGAUCGGCCUUCGUCCCCGGUCAUUAUCCCGCCGUCCCCUUGAUUACCUCACCCUCCGUUAAAUCUCUAUCCCCGUCACCUUCACUCGCAACCCCUUCCCUCCCAAUACCUUCCAUCACUUCUAGUCCACUCGCCUUGCCGUCACCGUCCAUCCCCAUCCUUCCCUUCAAUGCCCAACCCCCGUCUUCUGUUUGCAUGUCCUUUUGUUUAGUGCCGCGUGGGAGCAGAGCAACGCGGUAGAAGUCUACUGCGUAAUCACAGGAACCAUCCCUGCAUGCCGCAAUCACGAGCUAUUUUGCGC